UUGGACAAUAAAAACUUAAUGCCUACCUCAGAUCUCUCCAAGCCUUUGACAUAAGCAUAGACACAUUCAUCCAAUUCUCUUUGUUCGUUUCUGCCUUCAAUUCUAGGAAAAUUCCAAUCUCUUCAAAUCCCACUUGUAUUUCUUCUUCUUUUUCUUUCUAUUUUUCCUCCUCCGUCAGUCUUAUUAUGCAAAAAAGACUCCAUUUUUUGGUGGCUGCAAUUCUGUGAAUGGUAUGUUUGUGCUUAUUAUAAUGCCUUGCUGCAGAGUAUUUUCCUCUUAAAUUCGAAGUCUUGCUUUUGCAGCAAAUUGCAGUCUCAUCUGAUGAAUUUGGACUGGAAACUCUGUCUACUUUUCAAUUGGAUCAUUUAUUUGUCAAGCUUCCUGUUUAAGAACUUCAUCUGCUGCCAAAAUUGAGCUGUCCCUUUCUCUGUCAUUGCAAUCUUUGGGUGUCAAGAACUUCAAUUGGAUAAUUUUAUGGUCUGUUUUUGGGGGUUUGCAUCUUCAAAAUUGCGGUAUUCCUUCAAAUUCUUGAAAGGAAAGGAAUAAAAAAUUAGUUGAAAGAUCGAAUUUUUCUUGUUCAUUGCUUGGUUUGGUUUAAACAAUUGGGGUUUGAUGUUUCAGAAUUGUGGGUUUUUUGAAAAAGUGGGGACCAUUGAAUCAGUUGAUAUAGUGGGUUUUCUGGUUGAGGUAUGCUGAGUUAGAGGGACUAGUUAUAGUUUGGUUUACUUUUGAUAUUGGUUGUUGCUGAAGCAAAUCUGUAUGUGGUGAUGGGAAAUUGGGGGUUUUCCUUGAUUCCUAUUGUAUUACUGUUGCUGCUGGAAUUCUGCAAUGGGAGUGUGCAACGUAUAGGGAGAAUAGAUCCAGGAUUCAGAGGUGCUCAAAUGCACUACAUAGACAAUGAUGGAAUGUUUAUGUUGUCGAACAACUCGAAUUUCGCCUUCGGUUUAACCACCACUGCUGCUGAUGUUACUCAAUUUCUUCUUGUUGUGAUGCACAAAAGCUCAACUAUAGUUUGGGCUGCCAACAGGGAUUCCCCAGUUAAGAAUUCAGACAGCUUCGAGUUCGAUGUCUCUGGCAAUGCCUUCUUGCAGAGUGAUGGAUCCACAAUCUGGUCUUCUGAUACUGCAAACAAAGGAGUUUCUUCAUUGCAGUUGUUGGAUAAUGGGAAUCUUGUUUUGGUUGGGAGUGAUAACACUAGCUUUGUUUGGCAGAGUUUUAGCCAUCCCACUAACACCCUUCUCCCAAAUCAAGAAUUCUCUCAAGGAAUGAGGCUUGUUAGUGACCGUGGCACGGCCAACUUGACUUACUCGCUUGAGAUCAAGGACGGGGACAUGUCUCUCCGCGCGGGUUUCAACCCCCCACAGCUGUAUUGGACUAUGAGAAGAGAUACCCGGAUAACCAUCAAUAAAGGGGGCGGUGCAGCGGCCUCAGCUAUUCUAAGUGGCAAUUCUUGGAAAUUCUAUGAUUCGAGUAAGGUGUUGCUUUGGCAGUUCAUCUUCUCGGAGAGCACCAAUGCAAAUGCAACGUGGAUUGCGGUGAUAGGCAGUGAUGGCUCUAUCACAUUCUCCAUGCUUCAAGGUAGCUCGACUAAUCCAUCUUCGACAAGAAUACCACAAGAUCAAUGUAGUAGGCCUACAGCCUGUGAUCCCUACGCAGUCUGUUAUCCCGGUAAUUCAUGCCAGUGUCCCUCAUCCAUUACCUCGUGCAAAUCUAUGGUCGCUCCUCCCUGUGAUGGUCAGGUAGAACUUGUUAGUGGCGGUGAUGAUCUGAGCUACUUCGCAUUGCCAUUUGUUCAGCCAUUCAGUAAGGAAACCACCUUAGACAGCUGCAAAGCUUCGUGUCUUAGCAAUUGCUCAUGUGGUGCUAUGUUUUUCCAGAAUAGUUCGGGGAAUUGCUUUCUGUUUAAUUACUCUCCUGAUGGAACCCGCCUCGCUGUCAAGCAACUCGAAGGCAUUGGCCAAGGCAAGAAGGAGUUUCGUGCUGAAGUGAGCAUCAUAGGCAGCAUCCAUCACGUCCACCUAGUCCGCCUCAGGGGCUUCUGCGCGGAUGGUAGCCACCGCCUCCUAGCCUACGAGUACAUGGCCAAUGGCUCCUUAGACAAAUGGCUGUUCAAGCAAGACAAAGGCGAAUUCUUGCUUGAUUGGAACACGCGAUACAACAUUGCUGUCGGAACAGCCAAAGGCCUCGCUUAUCUCCACGAGGACUGUGAUGUCAAGAUCAUACAUUGCGACAUCAAGCCUGAGAACGUGCUUCUCGAUGACCACUUCAUGGCUAAGGUCUCCGAUUUUGGGCUGGCGAAGCUCAUGACACGCGAGCAAAGCCACGUGUUCACAACGAUGAGGGGCACCAGAGGCUAUCUUGCACCAGAGUGGAUCACUAGCUACGCUAUAUCAGAGAAGAGCGACGUGUAUAGCUAUGGCAUGGUGUUGCUCGAGCUCAUUGGUGGCCGGAAAAACUAUGACCCUUCGCAGAGCUCUGAGAAGUCGCACUUCCCUUCGUACGCGUUCAAGAUGAUGGAGGAAGGUAAGUUGAAGGAGAUCAUGGAUGAGAAGCUGAAGAUCAAUGAGGAAGAUGAGAGGAUUGAUAUAGCCAUCAAAGUUGCUUUGUGGUGCAUACAAGAUGAUAUGCAUCUUCGGCCGCCUAUGACUAAAGUCGUGCAGAUGCUCGAAGGGCUGAGCCCGGUCCCUCCUCCUCCAACGGCUUCCCAGCUAGGGUCGAGGCUUUACUCAAGCUUCUUUAAGUCCAUCAGUGAAGGGGGCACCUCCUCGGGCCCCUCGGACUGCAACAGCGACGCCUAUCUCUCUGCGGUUCGCCUCUCAGGCCCUAGAUGACAGCUUGUGUUGUGUAAAUUGUAGUAGUUCAAGUUUUGUAACGCUAAAGAUAUCUUAAAUCUCAAAUAUAUGUCAUGUUUUGUAUUCUUCAUUUGUAAAUUAGUGAUUUUGAUCUAUAGAAAAGCUCUGUUUUUUUUUUGUUCA